AUGUUAAAGUGGUGUGUCCUCAUAAUUAUUCUUCUCUCAACCAUUUUCACAUCACAUGCACAAUAUGUCACACAAACAGUGGCAGGUAAUGGAAUUUCCCAAAGUUUGGGAGAUGGUUUUCUUGGAACACAAGCGAGUUUAAACAGUCCAAGAGAUGUUGCUCUUGACAUGUAUGGUAACAUGUACAUAGCUGAAGAGAAGGCACACAAGAUUAGAUUCAUAAACAAGACAACAGGUAUUAUUUCAACAUUGGUUGGAAAUGGCAUUGCUGGAAGUGUUGGAGAUGGUGGAUUGGCUAUUAAUGCACAAUUACAUUUACCAUUCUCUCUAGCAAUUGAUUCGACUGGUCAAAAUUUGUUCAUUUCUGACAGUGGAAACCAUGUUAUUCGUCACAUUAACAUGACAACACGUAUCAUUUCAACUGUUGCUGGAACAAUGCGUAGUCCUGGAUUUGGUGGUGAUGGAAAUAUUGCCACACAAGCACUAUUAAACACUCCUAGAGGAAUUAGACUUGAUUGGAAGGGAAACAUUUAUAUUGCAGGUAGUGUAGUUUAUUGA